UUUUGACAAUUUACAGUCCCGGAGACCCGCCGCCCUUUCUCAUCCACCACCCAAGUCUCAAACGCCAAACGUCGUCGAUUACGAAUUUUGUCUUUGUCUCGCUUUUUCGUUCACUUUCUAUUUCUCAAGGUCAUUGCGGAAAAGCUGCACACGGCAACCCCGAAAACGACAACGAAGCUGCGAAAGCUCACCCAUCUAACUGACCCCUAGCCAGCCGUCCAACAUGGCAGAAAAGUGCGUCCACCAGGGCUGCGGCAAGCUCUACACCGAUGCAGAGGAGCCAUGCGUCUACCACCCUGGCCCUCCUAUCUUCCACGAAGGCCAGAAAGGCUGGAAGUGCUGCAAGCCCCGCGUCCUCACCUUUGAGGAGUUUAUGACCAUCCCCCCCUGCACAACCGGCAAACACUCCACAACCGACCUACCUCCCAAGAUCGAGCAGAAGCCCCAGGCGGACCCUGACGCAGCGCCUUCCCUCGCCGAUAAGCUCGCCGCUUCGGCAUCUGAACCAGGCCGCAAGCCACUCCCUCAAGCUACCCAGGCCGCGCCCUCACCUCCUCCACCCCCGGAAUCCGAGUCCGAUGACGCCUCACUCGAGAUCCCCGAUGGCACCACCUGCCGCCGCAAGGCCUGCUCAGUCACCUACCGUAAGGGCACCUCCCGCGACGGCGAGUCCUGCGUCCACCAUCCCGGCGUGCCCAUUUUCCACGAAGGAUCCAAGGGCUACAGCUGCUGCAAGCGCCGCGUGCUGGAGUUCGACCAGUUCAUGAAGAUCGAGGGCUGCAAGACUAAGGAUCGUCACCUCUUCAUCGGCAGCGGCAAGAAGAAGAAUGCGGCCGCGGCCGGCGGCGAGGAGAAGCUUGAUACCGUCCGCACCGACUUUUACCAGACGCCCUCCACCGUCAUUGCCUCCUUCUUCCUCAAGAAGAUUGCCAAGGACUCGGCCAAGAUCGAGUUCAAACCGCAGUCCAUCGCGCUCGACCUGCCCACGUCGGACUCGCCGCCCAAGCGCUACACCACCGAGGUGCCCCUUUUCGCGCCCAUCGACGUUGGAAAAUCCACCUUCAAGGUCCUCGGCACUAAACUUGAGGUGAACCUCGCCAAGGCCGGCGGUGAGUCGUGGCCAGUCCUGCGCAGCGACGACCGUCUCACUGGUGAGAUAUUACAAAUCGGCAAGGCUGGGCGUCUGCAGUAGACAUGUUGACUGCCAUGUCAUGGAUUUACGCUCUCGCGCUUCGCGUCAAGCACGUUUAUCACGCGGACUUUCGGAUUUAGAGGAGUUCGGGGGAAGGGGGAAAGAAAAGAAACGAGGCCAAACAUCAGCGAGAAGAAAUGAAGAGGGAACGCGAAAGGGGAGAACACGUGUGCGAGACACGGGGGUUUCCCGGACGCAAGAAGAGACAGUAAAGAAGCACGCAAGAAAGGCUACAGAUAAGCAUGUGAGACACGAGGUGUCCUUGUGUCGCAAACCAAGGAUGCGGUGCUGCCUGUAGCUAGCUGUAAUCCAAAGAAAAGAACGUAAAACAAGAACUUCAAC